CCACUGUCCAACAGAUCAAACUCAGAUAUCGGCCAACCUGCGGAAAUGUCAUCCAAACAGACACCAUGGCAAAGACGUCUGGCACACUUGGCUCAACAUGGAUUUAACGAUGUGUCAGCUGGACCUGGAGAUGUUGGCAGUGACAGUAUUUCGGAAGAGUCUCUGAAAGAUUCGUACCUGAACAAUGGAAUGCUCAUCACGACACUCUCAGGUGCAGCAUCAGUGACGGGAUCAAAUAUAGGCAGUAUCGGGUCUAUGAAGGGACGUCUAUCUAAAUUCUCCAGCCUAAACUUCAUGUGA